AUGGAAGAUAACCAGACUGUGGUAUCUGAGUUUAUUUUUCAGGGACUUUGUACCUCAAAGGAACUGCAGAUCUUUCUCCUGCUGCCAUUUUCCACUCUCUACGUGAUAACUGUGGUAGGCAACCUCUUUGUUGUGAUAUUAAUCAUCACUGAUCAUCAUCUCCAUUCUCCCAUGUACUUUCUUCUAGCCAAUCUCUCAUUUGUUGACUUCUGCCUUUCUUCAGUAAAUACACCCAAACUGAUCACAGACCUUCUAAAAGAUAUUAAAACUAUUUCUUUUGGGGGUUGCAUGAGCCAGAUCCUCUGCGUGCAUUUCAUUGGAGGAAGUGAGAUGGUGCUUCUUGUAACAAUGGCCUAUGACCGCUAUGUGGCCAUCUGCAGGCCACUCCACUACACCAGCAUCAUGGACAGACAGAAGUGCAUCUGGCUUGUUUUGAUAUCAUGGAUCAUUGGAUUUGUGCAUGGCAUUAGUCAAUUGCUCUUGAUUGUAGAUCUACCUUUCUGUGGACCUAGAGUGAUAGACAGCUUUUUCUGUGAUAUUCCUUUGGUGAUGAAAUUAGCCUGCACCAAUACUGAUACUCUGGAAAUCGUGAUAAAUGCUGACAGUGGUAUUUUAGCAACAUCUUGUUUCAUUCCAUUGCUGAUAUCUUACACUUACAUUCUAUUAACUGUUCAACUUUAUUCUAAAGAUGGUUCAGCCAAGGCACUCUCUACCUGUACCUCCCAUAUCACAGUGGUUGUGCUAUUCUUUGGGCCCAUCAUUUUUAUCUAUCUGUGGCCAGUCAGCAUCCCUUGGGUGGACAAGUUUCUUGGUGUGUUUUAUACAGUCAUCACACCUUUUCUGAAUCCAGCCAUCUAUACACUUAGAAAUAAAGACAUUAAGAAUGCCAUAAAGAAGCAGAUAAAUUACAUGUAA